CUCUGAGUGAUGAUCCAUAAUUAUCUGGCCAUGUACAUGUCUGGCUACCACUCAAUUCCAUUAUAUUAAAACAUUUUUGGGGACGUAUAAAUUUUCUAUAAUAAUGGUGAGAACAGUGACGUAAAUGGGGACAGCUUUGAGCAGUGGGGGUGGCAAUAGAGCAGGGGGACCCGGGGCACCUGGACCACAAGGGCCCCCUAGAGCCCUGCCUCCACAGCCGCCUUACCACGGCAACCCGGUCCUCUACCGACAAAUGCACAUCAAUGCUACCUACGGCACCCACGUGGAACAGUACUACGCCCAGCUGGCAGCCAUGUACGAGCAAGGUUACAGGAUGUUGAUGUUUGUGACAUAUCCGGCCGCCAAGCAGUCCGAGGCGCUCAAGUUCCAGGGCAUCUUCCGGCGAGCGUUUCCAGCCGAGGAGGGGCGGCAAUGGCAGCUGCGGGUGGAAAAGUCAUCAUUCAUUAGCAAACAGUUUCAAUCUUAUGGCUCUUACGGGUGCACUUCCGACAGCAUCCAUAUCGUCCAGGCUCUUAAGCGGAUCACGGACACUGGUGGGCGGCUGGUUAGCAUGGCGUUGGCUGGCAGCAUCAGCACUCAGUUGUCGUGGCAGCGGUUUCUCAUGGUGGGAGAGAUGGAAGAAGAGUGUGAAUAUCCGUACUGGUCAGAUAGCGUAAACAAAACGUCCGCCAAUCAGGUUGGAGUCAACUUGUUCUACGAGAUGCCGCCGUCUGGCGGCGGCGGUGGUCCGUACAUUUACCAGGUCGUACCGUGCCCCAUUUCGUCCCAGUUGAAUUUGGGCAUUCCCCGACACAAUUGGGUCUCCACAAUUCCCUGGGAGACAGUCAUAAGCCAGUAUCUGGGCUCUGGCUGGAAACUUGUGGAGAUUUUCGAGGACCAUGCUGCCUCUAAGAAUACCAACGUCCAAAAGAUGUUUUCUUUCAAUAUCAGGUUGCAAAAUAAUUUACUGUGGAUUUUUGAGAAGCCGGCCUCUCGGCGCGACGAUCCCACACCUUUAUACGAGUGCACAAUGGUGGAAACCUGGAAAGUAAACGCGGUGGAUUACGACGGGGUCUUCACUAAUGUUGGGGUUUCCACGAAUCUCUCGACGAACUGGGACCCAUUGCUGGACCACUAUGGACGCUCCGGUUGGCAGGUGGUCCGGAUCAUAGACACACCGGAUGCGCAGAGACAAGGGCUGGUAGGCUCGGCCAUCCACCAAAGGCAAUUGGUAUUUUUUCAGAGACUAAGGGAGGGAUUUGUAGAGGACGGUUUCGGCAACCCCUCCUAUUUACGCCCUGACGCACCGCCGGCCUAUGACGAAGUGCACGCCGCUCCGUCGCGUCCUCCUAUUGCGCCUUCCGCUCCCGGAAUACAUGACUUAAAAUCCGAUAAACAUUAGUUCGGAAAAUAUCGCAUCAAACGACGUGAUGGUUAUGGGCAAAUCACACCAAUUCGGAAGCGUAUUCUAGUUGCAAUAUGCCUUUUUUUCUAGUAUGGUACCAUCUCAAACCAGUGGCUAUUAUAUGGGAUUUCGAGCUGAAUGGUUAAGUGGAUUCAAAAACAAGCCGAAUAUGCUAGAUCGACUUUAUCUACUUUUUGGUGGACAUUUAUACCACAUUGUUGAACAUCUAUACUACAUUCGGUACAUAGUGGUCAAAUUCAACUAAUUGUACAUGUAUUUUUCUAAUAGAAUCGUAACUUUUUUUUAAUUUUGUUUAUUGUUAUGUAUACAUGUGGAACUUUCUUCCCAUAUGUAGUGUUAGAGGUCGUGAUGCACUAGAAAUAAUGUUAUUUCGCGUGCAAAUUGGUCAAUUGUCCAUAUGAUAUACAUGGAAUAAAUCUAAUAAUCUAUGGCCAUAAAUCUGCAAUUAAGAAAUACAUUUUUGCGGCCAAGAACGGCUCAAAGGCUUUAAUAGUAGUAGAGCUUCAGAUUUAAGCAUUCAUAUAUGUUGGUUACCAGUUGAUAUUUGAUUUCUCUUAUCAGGUUGUUAUAUUAUCAUUAAAAAUCAAAAAUAAA